ACGAUUGUUUUGUGAGGUGGCAAUCAAUUUGAGUAUUAAAAAAAAUUAUGUAGGUUAUAAAAUUUAAUAGUAAAAUGUAUUAUUUAGAUUAAAAUUGAAUGCAAGAAAUGUAUUAGGCCAUAGCAAAAUGCAAGUGGGCGUCUGGCGAGUGAGCGUGUGCCAACUGGCGGCCAAAGCACGCGCCACAACAACAACAACAGCAAUAUCAGCAAUCGCAACAGCAACAAAAUUCCAAGCAAAAAAAGUAUACAAACAAAGUCAAACAGAUGUUCUGUGCAAAUUACGUAAGGGCUGUCAAGGCUUCGCAAAAUUGGCGCUAAAUUCUACACGUGAGGGUGGCAACAAUCAGCUGUGCGGCGAGCGCAUUCAAACAGCGGCAAUAAGGGCAACACAGUUGAUAACAAAACGCAGUUUCGUUAGUUACUCUCGAUAUUCGGCAAGCACCAUUAUGAAUUCCUAUUGCAAGGAACUUACACUGAUGACCUAUGACAUCAUUGGCUUUGACUUGGAUGGAACUCUGCUGCGCUAUGACUUGCAGCACAUGACAACGUUGAUUUACAAUUCACUUAAGCAAUAUCUGGUCGAGCACAAGGGUUAUCCAGAGGCGUUGCUGCAGCAAAAGCUGGACAUGGAUUUCCUGCAGAAGGGUCUCAUCCUGGACGGCACUCGUGGCAAUGUGUUAAAGUUAAGCCACGAGGCGACAAUCCUUCGUGCCUCGCAUGGCACACGUCUGCUGAGCGAUGCUGAGAUUGUGGCCAUCUAUGGACCUGAACGACGCUGGGACGUGUCCACGGCCUUCUACAAGGAUCCACUGUCCACCUGGAAUGGACCGAGUUCGUUGCAGAUGCGCGCGCUUCUCGAUUUCUUUGACAUGCCCAGUUCCCUGGUGUUUGCCCAGGCGGUGGAUAUUGUGGACAGGAACAGCGGUUCAAGUGGAGCACCCAAGGAGUACAAAGUGUGGGAGGAUUUACUAGAUGGUCUAAUGCUGAACUACAGCCGGGAUAACUUCAGCAACGACAAGAGUCUCUACUUUAAAGCCAUGCGAGCUGAUCCCCAACGUUAUGUGCUCCGGAGCAGUGACAAGCUUAUCUCUUGGCUCCAAGAAUUGCGGGCCAAUGGCAAGAAGCUGUUUCUGUUGACCGGCUCCAACAUUGACUUUGCCAACUUGACGGCCACGCAGGCACUUGGACGAGAUUGGCAGCAGCUGUUCGACUUCGUGGUCACGUUUGCCAAGAAACCGGGAUUCUUUACCAUGAAACGACCCUUUUUGGUCGUGGACAAUGAGGCUAAGCAUGAGCUGCCCGGCAGCGAGCUAAAUCUGGAGACGGAUCUCAAGUCUGGGGAGAUCUACUCGCAGGGCAAUUGGCAUCAGUUGCAUUUGUCGAUGGCCAAGCUAUUGAACAAGGACACAGUCGAGGCACGUGCUCUUUACUUUGGUGACAACAUCAUCCAAGAUAUCUAUACGCCUGUCAAGCAUCGUGACUUUGAUGCGGUGGCCAUUGCCGAGGAGCUGUCACUUGUGGAUCAAAAGGAUUAUCAAUUUAACUCAGUGAUGUCUUCCAAUUUUUGGGACUCGUAUUUCUUUAUUGGCGACACGCCAACACUCUGGUCCGGCUUCAUUGCCAAUUAUGCCCAAAUCUGUGUUAGCUCCAUGGAUCAAAUGGCCCAAAUGCCGCCCACAGAACGCAUCGUGUCCACCAAUGUAAAUGGCUUCUAUCCGGCGAUGCCCCAGCAACUCAUGAGCAGCAACCUGACGACCUCCUGGCACGGAGGUGGUGUCUAAAAAUAGCCCAUUUCUUAUCAAUAACUUUGCAUCCCAGCUGCAUACAAAUUUAUCUAUAAAUUGAAAUUAUUCUAGACCUGCCUGCAAUAAACAAACUCAAAUAGAUUCAA